UAUUGAAUAGGAUCCAAUUUUCUCAACUUUUUUUGAUACUAAUAUUCAUAUUCAUAUUGUAUUUUAUAAUAUUGUAUUGCUGCUGAUUGUUUUUCUUACACAUUGGGAUUGUGAAACUUGAUAUUCCUGCCACCAAAGACAUUCGAACGCAACAAGCUGAUAUACGGCCCUUUCACAAUUUGUUUAGAUUUCGAGAAGAAGAAUGAAUAAUUCUGAUUCAAUCUCGAUGGUUCCCCAAGAAGGGGGGAGUGAAGAAUCUGCCUCAUCUUCAUCAACCUUUUCCGGCAUACCUGGAUUGGGACGUCUUGGAAAUGCGUCGAAGUCUGAGAGUUCAAAACCAUGCGCAGGGAGCGAGGCCGCUGAAAACCACGUAGAAGAAUUGGCUGUUUCCCAAGAGAAAUUGUUAGAAACCACCGAUGGUCAAGCUCAAGAAGAUUCUACGAUGGCAGAUGCCGAAUCUUUCCUUCAAGAAUCUGCAACCUCUACAACCCACGGCGCGACCUCAGAAAUCCCCUCUCAAAUCAAAUAUGAGGCUUUGCAGGUGAUGGGGAUCGAUUCAGAGCAAUUAGAGAAACCAAUUGAUUCUGAGAUGCGACAACUUUCUCAAGAAGAUGCCGAAGUCAGCACACAUGACACCAAUAGUAAUGCGGUGGACGCUGAGAAUUUGAAGCCCACCACAAAGCUACAUGUCGAAAAAAUAGUCGAGGUACCUUCAGAUGAAUUUCUAGGAAGUCAGCCUAGUACGAACGACAUCCAAGUACCGAAGAGCCAAUCCGACCCACCCAAUUUGACACAUGCUUUGGAGGCGAUGCUAGGAGGUCUCAUGCAACCUGUGGCCGUGGUUGCGGAUGUUUCAACAACGGAAGACGCGCCGGCAGCACAGACGACAGAAUCUGAACACCCAGAAUGGGAGAUCGACUCGUCUCCAUAUGAAUCAUCCUCCGACUCGUCAAGCGAUAGUUCAUCUGAAGAAGACAGCGAAGAUGAGGACGGAGAAAAUACAUAUAAAUUGUUAAGCCCAGAAGAGCAAGCUAGAAUUCUGAUGGAAGGUGAUGGCGGUUCAGAUGACGAAGGAGCCUCCAAAGGCGCUAAGGGUGCUGGAGCUCAGCUACGGACGAAGAAUGAAGUACCAGAGGAAAUAAUUCCCAAGCCAGACGUCACAAUCACACGCGAGAUGCCCAUCACAAAAUUGGGAGACGUGGAAGGAGUGGUAGACAACAUCGUUCUCAUCAAAGCUUUCACAACCGGAGAAUAUCAAGUAUUGAGAGAGGAAUCUGUCUUGUGUUUAGAGGAUCGCAGUGUUAUAGGUGUGGUGUCAGAAACAUUGGGCAGAGUGGAACAGCCAUUGUACUGUGUUAGGUUUACGAAUGCCGCCGCAAUUACCGAAGCAGGACUGUCCGUUGGUACAACAGUUUUCUAUUCCGAGCAACAUUCAACAUACGUUUUUACACAAGCUUUGAAGGCAUACAAAGGCACAGAUGCUUCCAACUUGUAUGACGAAGAGGUCGGCGAUGAGGAAAUGGAAUUCUCGGAUGAUGAAAAGGAAGCUGAACAUAAACGAAGGAUAAAACAAAAGAAGGCAGAAAAGAGAGGUGUUAAGACUCAACAGAAUGGUGGUCAUUCACAUGGCGGGCAAGCGUCGCAACAGUCGUACGCCGCCGGUAAUGGCGCGGUGCUGAACUAUGACGAAGCCGAGGAUGGCCCUUAUAAAACCCUUACUCGACCAAGCGGAUUCACUGGUGGUGCAAGUGGUGGUGAAGCACUGCAAGAGGGUUCUCAAUAUAAUAGAGCAAAUCAACGCAGUGAUCAUGUAGGGAGAGGCAGAGGAAGAGGUCGCGGGGAUAGGGGCAGAGGAGAUAGGGGUCGAGGGCGAGGACGAGGUGGCGGAAAUAAUGAUCGAAGUAACAGCCAUCCUCGUGGUGGCUCAUCUCAAGCGAACAAUGCAUUUCCUCCGCCAAAUCCAAGUCCCAGAUUAUUCAACUCUCAACCAGCUUCCUUACCGCAAAAGCCUAACUUUCUAGCUCCGCUACCUUCGUUAGACAUAUACGGCAGCUCCAGCUCAACUCAGCCGCAACAAUAUCAUAAUCAAAAACCACAACAAUACCCAUCACUGCAACCUCCAGUAUGGCCAAUGUACCCACCAGGUUACCAGCAACCUUAUCAACAACCCCAACCAAGUUUCCUGCCUGCACAGAAUAAUUGGCCGGGUAUGCCGCCUCCUCCUACCAUACCAGCAGGCGCGUUCAUAAACCCGGCUUUCUUCGCCCAGCAAAAUGGAUCAAAUCAAAACGGAGUAAACCAAUGGACCAAUCCGGGUCAGCAAAAUGGGAAUGGAGGGAGUAGAUGAUGCAUGUUGGACUAUGUAUGAUUAUUGUUUCUAAGAAUAAAAUUGUGCCACAUUCGUUGAUGAUACUCCAGAUACAUAAAUUUCGAUGAAGACCCUUUACCUUCCAAGUCAAUUGCACGGAUUAGUAUCAAAGCAAUGUACCACGCUUUACGACCGCCUCAAUUAUGGCCAAGUGGCUCAUAA